UUGGUUUCGGGUCUCUUCUUCCUAUCUCCAUGGGACCUAUAUUAAGCCCAGAGCCUCCAUUCUCUCUGUUCAUGGUUUCCUACUUCUCUCUACCUCUUCUGUUAGUCUGUGUCUCCUCCGUUACUUUUCUUUCUCGAUCCCAAUCUUUUUGUGCUUCCUUCGUCGUCAAUGGCAAUAAUUGCAAUUCAACUUUAAUUUGAUGCGUAUAUUGCAUUCAUUGUGAUUAAUUGAGCCAGCCCAGCCUUCAAAACUUUACAUAUAAAGCUGAUAUUGUUUAGCGUGUGUGGCGGCCCGUUCGCGUUAGUAUUGAGAUAAAUCCAGUGCUUUAAUUCCAAUCGGCUACCUGUCCAUCCAAUCCCGAUCCUCUCUUAUUCCUUUCUUCAUCAAUGGCGUUCAGGAAAACUCUCGCUCAGAGACUCUUCUGCAUCUCCAAAAUGGCCAGUCCAGCCCUCACAAAUUGCCAUAUUACGUCUCUUUCCUCGCUCAAAACCCUAGUUUCGCAAAAUCCGGCGAAGGCCGCGGCGCCGGAUCCCGGAGAAGAUGGAUUCUUCCGGCGCGUGCUUCAGAAGAGGUGGAUCUUCCAGCCGGCGUUAUCGUCGGAGGUCCGGUCGCGGGCGACCGGGGAGGGGCUGAUGGAGAAGUUAAAAGUGAUGGACAUUGCCAGGGACCGGCUCCGACUGGAGGGGCUGGUUCCGCCGACGGCGAGAUCGGAGGGAAUAACGGUGGAAGACGCGAGGAAGGUGCUGAGGCUUGCGCAAUUGGGAAUUGUGAAGUCGAAGCUGAGAGAGAUCCGGAGGUCCAGGAUACCGUAUGAGGAAUUUGUUCAGAUCUGCGCUAAUGGUUGUUCGAGCAGGGACGACGGGGUAAGGUUCGCGAAGAUGUUGGACGAAUCUGGCUCCGUGAUCAUCUUGGGAAACGUGGUCUUCCUCAGGCCCGACGAGGUGGUAAAAGCCAUGGCGAACCUAAUAGCGGCCCAACCAAAGGACGACCCAAGGAGCAGGAAGGAGCUGGAGGAGAUGGAGAAGCAGGAGGCCGCCAUCGACAAGAAGGCGGAGCUGGCCGUCCGGCGGGAGCUGUGGGCCGGUCUGGGUCUCUUCGUGGUUCAGACGCUGGGCUUCAUGAGGCUCACCUUCUGGGAACUCUCCUGGGACGUCAUGGAACCCAUUUGCUUCUACGUCACCUCCACCUACUUCGUCGCCGGCUACGCAUUUUUCCUCCGCACGUCCAGGGAGCCCACCUUCGAAAGCUUCUUCCACAGUCGCCUCGCUGCGAAGCGCAAGCGGCUCAUGAAGAUCAACAAAUUCGACAUUGCAAGGUACAACGAGCUCCGCCGAGCUUGUAAUCUUCCUCAGUACGGCGACCACGAUGCUUCCUCAUCGACAACUUUGAGUGCAGUUCAUCAUCAUUAGUUAGCAUCAGAGUGCUGCUAAAAAUAAAAAUAUAAAAAGAAAUGGUAUAAAAUACAAUUUUGCUAAAUGCCGGUGGAGGGAGAGGUGUUUUUUUCUUGUUCUUUUUCCCCUGAAAAUGUCAUUCAGGUUCGAAUAUAUCCUGCGGCUUCCUGUAAAAAAGUAAAGAGAGUCAAUUUAAAAAAAAAAAAAAAAAAUUCUACUUUUAUAUCUA